UGAAGUGAAUUAGACGUACCGGAGGGGCGUCACGUUGGGCGCGUGUGACUGUUUUCCGAAUGAACGCACACGUAGACGCCGGUGGACAAGCUCAGCGUCCGGGGCCGGUCAGCGGCAGAGCGCGCAGUGACCAUCUCAGAAUGGAGCCAACAAGUGAGUCUAUAACCAACUUUAGCCAUGGCUUUACUCUACUGAGGGAGCUGAACCUGCAGAGAAGAAUGGGUCAGUUCUGUGACUGUGUCCUUCAGCUCCGCAUCCACCCUGGAAGGCUCUUCCUGGCCCAUAAAAGUGUGCUGGCCGCGUUCAGCCCAGUGUUCGCAUCUCUUCUCCCGCGCCACGGCGCCCUGGUGGACCUAAACUUUCCCUGCCUCACUCCUGAAACACUGGACAGCCUCCUGGACUACAUUUACACAGGUGCACUGCCCCCAAGCAGCCAAGAGGAGUCCGUGCUCUCCGCUGCCUUCCAUCUACAGAUGGAACAGCUCCAGCAGGUGCUUAGGUGGAGGAGGAAGGCCUUGGCUGAGAUGACGCACACAGUUCAGGAUAAACUCAACCAGAAGAGGCCACUUGUAGAGAGGCAAUCCCUAGAUGGGACCACUCUGGCUCCUCCAUCCUAUUACCCAUAUGGCUCAGACCCACCUGAGUCAUCCUCUCCAAGCUGCGAGGUUGUCCCAGUCAUUUGCUGCGUCAAGACAGCUGGACACAACAAAUUCCAACUGCAAACCCACUGUCAAGAUAGGAGCUCCACCUUCGAGCACACUGGAACUGUCUCAGAUGCCGACAAGCAGGCCCAUCAUGGAUGCCCUCAAACCACUCAUGGGAUAGAAAAAGCCUCCUUGAUGGACCAGCUCUUUGAGCCAGCACAGUCAAAACAAGACAAACUUCUGGUCGUCCUGUCAGAGAGUUCUCUGAAUGAGCUGCCAGGUGUUGUUACGGAGAAGGUCGGCAGCCAGUUCAGUAACUCCAGCAACAGUGGAGAGUUUCAAUCCACUUUGCCUGAAAAUGCCUCUCAGACUCCAGCAGUUCUACGUACCAUCAGUGAAGAUUUGCCUUCUGAAACUGAAUGUAGUCAAACCAGCAACAACAGCUGUCCCCAGUUCAGCAGAUGUGACAGCAACGGGGAUAGCAGAUGUGUUUCCGAGAUGGACAGUAUCCAGUCCUUCAAUCCUUUUGAUUCAGGAAAAGGUGAACAUCUUGCAGAAAUUCUUUCAGACACCUUUAAUAGCAAUUUGUACAGCACCAAUGGCCACAUUCUUAAGGACAGGCCUCAUCUUUGUAGUCAGUCGGCCACAGAGACCUGCCUCGAAAGUCAAACGCCUUUAUGUUUGGAAAAUUCUCGCAGUACCGACAUGACACAUGAACGGAGAGCUUUGGAUUCCAAUGUAUGGCCGUUGGGAAUAUUAACCACUGAAAAGGUUGCUGUCGGAGAGCAACCCCAAAGAACUGGCCACGCCGAAAGUGAAGAACUCUCCAAAAUGAGGAAGGAUUACGUGAUUGCCUAUCAAGGACAGCUGUAUAACCAAUGCCUGCUGGAGCGAUGCCACUCUAAGGCAGAUUCGAGUGACUCGGACAGCGACCGAGCAUUCCCAGUGUCCAGCGUGGAGGACAAAGACAGCACCACAGUUUUGGAGACGAUAGAUAUCACAGAGAUAUCGCUCUCAGCCAGCCGGCCUUUCAGAUCUCCUGGGGAACGCUCGUUGACCCAUCCUUUCCAAUGCUCCAUGUGUGAGCGUGCCUUCAGCCAGCGUGGCUCUCUGAACAGACACAUGCGAUCCCACCUGGGCGUGCGACCCUACUCCUGUCCUCGGUGUUCCAUGACAUUCUCCAGGCAGUACAGGGUCACAGAACACAUGCGUGUGCAUCAGAGGUGCUUUGAAGGCCCAACUGGGGGCCACCUGAGGACUACAGCUGCAGGGGGGAAUGUAUAAAAGAAAAGUUCAGGAGUUUUCCAAAACUACCCUACAUUUACUUGUCUAGUAAGGAGUGUUGGAAUAUUCCUCCUCUCGGUAUCCAAUGCCGUGAGUUCCUCACGAACGUCCAGCAUAACUUCAGAUAUGAACAAAGUGAAUCCAUUUGUGGCCCGGAGGAAGUUCUAACCAUCCAGAGGAUCAAGUCCAUCCCUUGAACAAGGCCCCGUGGUUACCUUUGGCAGCGUCAGGUUUAGCUAAAGUGGACAGUACAGAGGACUAGUCUGAAGUUAUCCUUUGCCAGACUAGAUUGACUCAACUAAAGAGAUGCAAUGCAUUUGCCUUCAGUUCCUGUUGUCCAAACAGGAUGUACCUGCAUGUUAAAGUUUGAAUCUUUUUUGGCCAACAAUAUUUCCUUUAGGUUGACAGCAUUGAGGCUUAUUGGUCAUGUACUUCAUUAUGCAUGGACACUGGCCACUUCCUUACAGUACUGGCAGAUUUGAGUAGCAAUGAGUAUCUUUUUCUUUUAACUAAUAUUGAAAUUGUGAUUUAACUGUGAUGAAUUAAGCCCAGACCUGUUUUCUGUCAAGAAGAUCAGCACAACCAUUUUUUAUGCUUGAGGCCCAAACGCUGAUUGUAGUGUGCCAGGCUGUCAAUUCACAAGCUCCGAGUUAUUCAUUUCCACAACUAAAACUUGUUGGAUAAUGUAACAUAUAAUUAAAAUUGCAGCUCAUGAUUAAAUAAUUGCACUGCGAUUUUGGUUUAAAAACACCCGAAUCAUUAAGCCAUAGAUUCAAAUGCUGGUCAUGCGUACUUAUUUGCGGAGUUGCAUAUUGGAAACAAACAAAGCAUAAAAUAUAUUAAAAAAGGCGCUGUGUUAUGUUUUUUUCCUCAAUAUGUUCAAUUCAGCAAACAAACAAUAAUUGUGCAUUAAAAUGUGCAGAGGUGUCCCUCUGUAGAGGACGUGUUCGCGUAUUUACAUUAAGGAAAACAACAGGCACCCGAACUUCUGCUUAUGAUCAUAUUGAUCAUAAAGAACGACUAUUUGAGUCCUGAUUGGUUGCAAACAUGCUAUAAAAUGAGUUUUAAUUCCAUUUGAACCCAAGAGAUUCUAUCGUAUAAUAAGAGGUGUCCUAAUGCAAAUCUCACACACCUUUUUUGUAAAUAAAAGUUGGUUUAUUUUUCUCAUUUCAUUUUACAUUUCAAUUUUACAAUGGCCUAGUCGGCCAACGGCAUCUUGUCAGCAGAAAUCGUCCACAGUAAAAAAAAAAAAAGUUCUGUUGUUAAUGCAACGUAAACAGCAUGUGGUCUAAA